GGGGGCUCCGCAGCAGGAGUGUCGUGGCGUUGGCGAGCGCUGCAACAGGUAGACGCCGUGAGACGGACCCCGGCCGAGGCAGCUAUGGAAACCAAAGGCUACCACAGUCUCCCUGAAGGUCUAGAUAUGGAAAGACGGUGGGGUCAAGCUUCUCAGGGUGCGGAGCAUUCUUCCUCGGGACCUACAGAGCGGACCGAUGAGAAUAAGUACAUGGAGGUCGUCAACAUAAGCUGUGUUUCCGGUGCUAUUCCAAACAACAGUACUCAAGGAAGCAGCAAAGAAAAACAGGAACUACUCCCUUGCCUUCAGCAAGACAAUAAUCGGUCUGGGAUUUUACCAUCUGAUAUUAAAACCGAGCUGGAAUCUAAGGAACUUUCGGCAACCGUGGCCGAGUCCAUGGGCUUAUACAUGGAUUCCGUAAGAGAGGCCGACUACGCGUAUGAUCAGCAGAACCCACAAGGAAGCGCGAGUCCAGCAAAGAUCUAUCCACAUGUCGAACAGAUGGUGAAAUUUUAUAAAGAAAAUGGCCACCGUCCGUCCACUCUGGGGAGUGUGAGCAGACCCUUGAGGUCCUUCAUGGCUGACUCGGGGAGCCCCGAGAACGGCGGGGUCACGCGCGCCAUGGUGAAGAGCCCCAUCCUGUGUCACGAGAAGAGCCCUUCUGUUUGCAGCCCUCUGAAUAUGUCAUCUUCGGGUUGCAGCCCUGCCGGCAUCAGCUGUGUGUCCUCCACCUCGGCUAGCUUUGGCAGUUUCACAGUGCACAGCCCCAUCGCCCAGGGCACUCCUCUGCCGUGCUCCCCUAAUGUGGAGAAUCGGGGUUCCAGGUCACACAGCCCAGCCCACGCCAGCAACGUGGGCUCUCCUCUCUCCAGUCCGUUGAGUAGCAUGAAGUCCCCCAUUUCCAGCCCCCCGAGUCACUGCAGUGUAAAAUCUCCCGUCUCCAGUCCUAGUAACGUCAUUCUGCGAUCCUGUGUAUCCAGCCCGGCAAAUAUCAACCACUCAAGGUGCUCUGGUUCCAGCCCUUCCAACACAAAUAACAGAUCCACACUGUCCAGCCCAACUGCUAGUACCGUGGGAUCUAUCUGUAGCCCCGGAAGCCACGCCUUCAGCUACACUGCUUCGGGCACCCCGGCUGGAUCCAGUGCAGCCCGGGAUGCGGUUCCUAGUCCAGACACACACGAGAAAUGUGCUCAAGAGCUUCCCUUUCCUAAGACUGAGGAGGCAGAGACUGCAGUCUCCAAUGGUGUGACUGGCCAGCUUAACAUCAUCCAGUACAUAAAGCCGGAGCCAGAUGGAGUUUUUAGCAGCUCGUGUCUAGGAGGAAAUAGCAAAAUAAAUUCUGAUUCCCCAUUCUCAGUACCGAUAAAACAAGAAUCAACCAAGCAUUCGUGUUCGGGCGCCUCUUUUAAAGGGAAUCCAGCCGUCAACCCCUUUCCAUUCAUGGAUGGCUCAUAUUUUUCCUUUAUGGAUGAUAAAGACUAUUAUUCUCUAUCAGGAAUUUUAGGACCACCUGUGCCCGGCUUCGAUGGUAACUGUGAAGGCAGUGGCUUCCCAAUGGGGAUAAAACAAGAACCGGAUGAUGGGAGCUAUUACCCGGAGGCCAGCAUCCCUUCAUCUGCCAUUGUUGGUGUGAAUUCAGGUGGACAGUCCUUUCACUACAGGAUUGGUGCUCAAGGUACAAUAUCUUUAUCACGAUCAGCUAGAGACCAAUCUUUCCAACACUUGAGCUCCUUUCCUCCCAUCAAUACUUUAGUGGAGUCGUGGAAAUCACACGGUGACCUGUCAUCUAGAAGUGAUGGAUAUCCGGUCCUAGAGUACAUUCCAGAAAAUGUAUCAAGCUCUACUUUACGAAGUGUUUCCACUGGAUCCUCAAGACCUUCCAAAAUAUGUUUGGUGUGUGGGGAUGAGGCUUCAGGAUGUCACUAUGGUGUAGUGACCUGUGGCAGCUGCAAAGUGUUCUUCAAAAGAGCAGUGGAAGGGCAACACAACUAUUUAUGUGCUGGAAGAAAUGAUUGCAUAAUUGAUAAGAUUCGACGGAAGAAUUGUCCUGCCUGCAGACUUCAGAAGUGUCUUCAAGCUGGAAUGAAUUUAGGAGCUCGAAAGUCCAAGAAGUUGGGGAAGUUAAAAGGGAUUCACGAGGAACAGUCACAGCAGCCUCCACCUCCCCCCCCACAGAGCCCAGAGGAAGGAACUACAUACAUCGCUCCCGCACAAGAGCCCUCCGUCAACUCAGCACUGGUUCCUCAACUCUCCACAAUUUCCCGAGCGCUCACACCUUCCCCUUCCAUGGUCCUUGAAACCAUCGAACCCGAGAUUGUGUAUGCAGGCUAUGACAACUCCAAACCAGAUACAGCCGAAAAUCUGCUCUCCACCCUAAACCGCUUAGCAGGCAAACAGAUGAUCCAAGUCGUGAAGUGGGCGAAGGUAAUUCCAGGAUUUAAAAACCUGCCUCUCGAGGACCAAAUUACCCUCAUCCAGUAUUCUUGGAUGUGUCUGUCAUCAUUUGCCUUGAGCUGGAGAUCGUACAAACAUACAAACAGCCAAUUUCUCUAUUUCGCACCAGACCUAGUCUUUAAUGAAGAGAAGAUGCACCAGUCUGCCAUGUAUGAGCUUUGCCAGGGGAUGCACCAGAUCAGCCUUCAGUUUGUCCGGCUGCAGCUCACCUUUGAGGAGUACACCGUAAUGAAAGUGUUGCUGCUCCUAAGCACAAUUCCAAAGGAUGGCCUCAAAAGCCAGGCUGCGUUUGAAGAAAUGAGGACAAAUUACAUCAAAGAACUGAGGAAGAUGGUGACGAAGUGUCCCAACAAUUCCGGGCAGAGCUGGCAGAGGUUCUACCAACUGACCAAGCUUCUGGACUCCAUGCAUGAUCUGGUGAGCGACUUGCUGGAAUUCUGCUUCUAUACGUUCCGGGAGUCCCAGGCCCUGAAAGUGGAGUUCCCCGCGAUGCUGGUGGAGAUCAUCAGCGACCAGCUGCCGAAGGUGGAGUCCGGGAACGCUAAGACCCUUUACUUUCACAGGAAGUGACGGGAGCCAUCUCACCAGAAGAACUUUGCCUUAAGUUUCCCCGUGUGACUACACACCCACG